ACCAAGCCCUCCGGAGUAUAGUUGCGGCAGCAUGAGCCUCGGUUCGUGUUCGCUGAAAGUUUCGCCUUAAAAUCCAUUCCAUUCUCUUGGUUCGCCGCGCAGGAACGCACCGUUCGCCACAAUCUGCACCCCAUCAUGACAGACACGAAGAAAUUCAUCAUCGCCGCAGUCGGCAUAUUUGUGUGCUACUUUUACUUCGCUAUCCUCCAGGAGAAGAUUACACGAGGUCGGUACGGUGAUGAGUUGCAGGACGAUGGCUCGAAGGGCGAACGGUACACCUUCAUGUUGGCCCUUGUCGGGGUGCAGUGCGUGUGCAAUACGUUGUUCGCUAAAGCAUUGCUGAUGGUGAGGCCACAGCCGGUUGAUACUACACCGAAGGUGUACUACGCGAGUAGCGCGCUAACGUAUGUGUUGGCUAUGUUGAGCUCAAACAUGGCGCUACAAUGGGUAGCCUACCCGAUGCAGGUGGUCGCCAAGUCAGCCAAGCCGAUACCGGUUAUGCUACUCGGAGUGCUGGUUGGCCGCAAGAGUUAUACGCUGCAAAAGUACCUGUUUGUGCUCCUGAUCGUCGUCGGAGUGGUGAUGUUUAUGUUUAAAGAUGGAAAGACCAACAGCGGAGCAGUGCUCGAGCACGAGGGGCUCGGCCAACUGUUGCUAGUUCUCAGCCUCUCCAUGGACGGACUGACGGGGGCCAUCCAGGAGCGUAUGCGAGCCCACAGUUCCCCCUCGGCCCAGUACAUGAUGCUUGCGAUGAACGGGUGGAGCUCGCUGAUGGUUUCGUUCGGGUUGCUGGUCACAGGCGAAGGCCAUCGAUUCGUCCUGUUCGUCAUGCGCCACCCGCAGCUGUUUACCUACAUCUCGAUGCUGGCACUGACCGGAGCACUCGGUCAGCUGUUCAUCUUCAUGAUGGUUGCAUCGUUCGGUGCGCUUGCCUGUUCGGUUGUAACGACGACGCGCAAAUUCUUCACCGUCCUGUUCUCGGUGCUGUUCUUCGGCAACUCGCUGUCCGGUCGCCAAUGGGUCGGCGCCGGGUUCGUGUUUUCGGGUCUCUUUGCCGACAUGUUCUACGGAAAGAAAGCGCCAACGAAAGCGCAGCCACUAGCUAAAAGUAAAAGCAAAAGUGAAACGGAUGAAAUGCCACCGAAAGGCGAUGAGGAGGUGCGCAAAGCGCAACUAUCUUCGACCGAAAACAUUUUCGUUUUAUCUCGCACAAUCACUGUCUGUGACUCUAAAAAAUAAAAGCCAUUGAUCGAUACUGGC